AUGUCAUCAACGACCAAUAUAAUUUGGUUACAAAGUAAUCAAGACGAGCUUAUUCCCAAUGAACUCCGUUCUCAUGUUGCUCUAUUCACAAAUGAAGAUGCAUGUUAUCAAUUUCUAUGUUCAUUAUCAACGGCGAUACGUGGUCUGACACUUGUGAUAACCGAUUCGAACAUACGCACAGAUCGUCUGGUUGAAUUGAAACCAAUUUCGUGUGUUUAUAUACUGUCGCCACCUGUUUCAAAAUCAAGUUUGAAACGAUCUACAAAGUUUCAUGGAUUUUUCAAGGAUAGAAAAGCUUUAGUUGAUCAGAUCUUAUCUGAUUUAAAUCGAGGUAAAGCAACGAAACCUGGCUUUCUUUCGGGUAUCUUUGCACCAUUUCAAGGUCUCUAUUUUAUCCUUAAACAUAAAUCAACAUGGUCACGCGCAUUGAUACCAUGCCUUAUAUUUACUUUACUUCUUUUUGUCUGUGCUAUACCAGGCGUUUGGGCUCGUGUUGGUAUUUGGAUCCUGCGCCUUACAGCUUACUUCAUCGUCAUUUGUCUUUCAUUGAUUAUUGCACUUCUAACUGCUCAACCAUUGAGUUCGCCAGCGUUGGAAAGUCUAGUGCGAGCACAAGAACGUGAAUUGAAAUAUCCCAUUCGACCUGAAGAAUCAUUUUGCUCAAGUGUAUGGCGAAGUUUACGAAUCGCAACAUUUUCUCUACUCAUUUCGUUCGUUAUUUUCAUUGUCCUAACAUCUAUCGAAUUCUUUGUACCACCAUUGAUCUUUAUCACUACUCCAUUGAAGUUUUUGACAACUGCAUGGAUUAUUGCCUACGAUAUUAUUGAUUAUCCGUUGUCAUUACAUCUACUUGGCGUUCGAGAACGAACACCGUGGUUUCGACACUAUCUCUGGGCAACAAUGGGUUUCGGUAUAUCAAUGGAAAUGAUGUUUCUCAUUCCGGGCGCAUUCUUUCUUUUGUUACCAGCGGCUGUUUGUGGAGCAACACGUCUUGUUGUUGCAGCUGAACGAGCGUCUAUUGAUCAACCGUUAUUAAUGCAUGAUGAGGCUAGUUAA